AUGGCUAAACGAAGAGGCAGGCCUCCUAAAAAACCCUCGAGUGACGACGAUAAUGCCAAUCACGAUGCAGUCGAACUACAGAAGGAUGAAGAUUCAUUUCAAGAUCAUGAAGAGUUUUUGCCAGUCGAACGUCAAAGUGCUGCAAUAAGGGCUAUUCGGGAUGUGGAGAUUGAACAAUUGGUGACCAUGUUACAGUUAUUUCAAUCCAACUUCAGCAAGGAACAGUUACAGGUUCCCGUGCUGCAUUUUUCUAGGGAAAACUUUCAGCACCUAUCAAUUAAUGAAUCGGGUGAAGCUAAAUGGAAAAACGAACUGAACAAUGCUGAUGAAAGAACACUGCAUGCUUCUCUUUUGCGUCGGUUGUCUAUGGCUUAUCCUGAUUACUCUGCUUAUAUCUCUUCUAUGGCCGGUGUCUUUGAGUUCUCUAAUAAACCGGGUAAAACAGGCAUUUGCGGUGCUGAUAAUGGUGAGUUGCUUCUUUUUGUGCAUGGUUCGCCUCGUGGAGAUUAUAAGGAAGAUAACAUGGAAACUAUACAAGAAGCAGAAGAUGGUUGA